UUAAUGGUUUUGAUCAAUCUCAUAUCUGCUGUUGGCAACAUAACAUUAUGUUACGUGAUCUACAAGACUCCUUCUCUGCAGACCAGAACCAACACGUAUAUCAUUGCCCUAGCUGUAUCUGAUACACUGAUGGCGCUGUUGGUGAUGCCAUUGACUGUUGGAGUGCUGAUUCAUGGCAGGUGGAUCUUUGGUAGUCUAGUGUGUCAGAUACAAGAGUUUUGUUUCUUUGUCUUUAGGCAUGAUAUCGCUUCAAACCAUGGCAUUGAUUGGUCUUUCGUAAAAUACACCAACAUAACACCAACAACAGCCUUCAUGCUGCAGCUGGUGGUAGCGCUGAAGAAAUCAAAACUACAAGAUUGCUGUUCGUCCUGGUGGUGGCAUUCAGCGCGUGUUGGAUUCCAUGGUUUGGGAUUGAUUUUGAGCAUGGCAGCAAACGUAUCAAUAUGGAAAGACAAAGCAGAAGAGAUGAGAAAAGAACUAGCCAGUCGGGGAAUAGAAGUUGUCUUGGCUGAAUMUCUUUCAUUGAUUUUAAUCGAUUUAGUCGCUGUUGCAGGAAACAUCCUGGUUCUUGUUGUUAUUUGCAAAACACCUUCGUUACAAAGCAAGACAAACCUCUAUGUAUUUUCUCUCGCUCUAUCGGGUCUGUUAACAUCAUUAUUUGUUAUUCCAUUUACUACUGGGACGCUCAUCAAGGGCGAAUGGUCGUUCGGACAUCUUUUAUGCGAAACUCAAGGCUUCCUUUUCAUGUUUCUGGGAUUUGUUUCGCUUCAUACCAUGACUUUGAUAGCCGCGAACCGAUAUUUCUGCGUAGUUAAACCGGCUCUCUUUAGACGAUGGUUUCAAAAGAAAUUUUUGGUUGGUGUUCUUGUGUUUGUCUGGGUUAUAGCCUUGUUGACUAGUCUUCUUCCUCCAGUCACCGGUACAGGCGGAUUCCACUUCGAACCAGGUCGAUCUUCGUGUUUCAUGUACAUACAAGAAAACYAUCAAAAUAUUAUAUUCAUUUCUCUUUGCUUUAUUUUCUAUAUGCUUUUGCCUUUUUCUUUAAUGAUUUAUUGCUACGCUUCCGUUUUUCGAAAAAUCCGUCACCACACGACGAACAACAACCUCCACGCUGCUCGUACCAACGCGGACCAAAACGCAAACGGUUUGCAAUUGCAUGGACAAGUAUCGGCAGAAGAGCUCAAAGUCACUAGACUGCUGUUUGCUUUGGUGUUAGGCUUCGGUGCUUGUUGGAUUCCAUGUGUUGUGGUCGAAAUACUUGAAGCUUUUCUUCCCUUAGGAUCCUUUUCUCGCUCUACCUACAUGGCCUAUGUCUACCUUAUCUAUCUGUCUAGUGCUAUUAACCCUGUGUUGUACGGGACCUUAAACCGUCCGUUUAGAAGAGCAGCAAUCAGACUGCUCCCAUUCUGCUUUAGAAGUAAUGUGGUUGAGGUAAUGCCAAGUAGGCAGACGAACACUUAG